AAGGCUUCCUCUCUGUUCCAGCUGCCAGCGGUCUUCAUCGUCGUCCUCCUCGCUCCUGUGUUGACCAGCUGCACAAAGCUCAUCCAGCCGAGGGACUGCAGCGACAUCCGCCGCCAGAACAGAAGCCAAAGCAGCGGUGUGUACACCAUCUAUCCCCUUGGAGAAAGGUCUGCGGUCGAGGUGUACUGUGACAUGGACUCAGAAGGAGGAGGCUGGACGGUGUUCCAGAGGAGGAUGGAUGGCACGGUGAACUUCUACAGACCCUGGGAUGAGUACAAGAUGGGCUUUGGUGACGCUGCUGGAGAGUACUGGCUCGGUCUCAAUGUGAUCAACAUUAUGACAUCCAAGCAAAAAUGUGAGCUGCUGGUGGACAUGGAGGACUUUGAAGGGAAGAAAGUGUUCGCUCGUUACUCUUCAUUUAAGGUGGAUGCUGAAUGUGACGGAUACAAACUGACUGUUACUGGAUUCAAGGAUGGAGGGGCAGGAGAUGCCCUGCAGAGUUUUCACAGUGGACAGAAGUUCACUACAUUUGACAAAGACCAGGACAACGCAGACGAAAACUGUGCCAAAUCACAUCUGGGUGCGUUCUGGUACAACGCCUGUCACUAUGCAAACCCUAAUGGGGUUUAUCGUUGGGGGGUAGAUGGUACUCUCUAUGCUGUUGGUGUGGAGUGGAAACAAUGGAAAGGUUAUGACUACUCCCUGAAGACCAUCAGCAUGAAGAUCCGUCCUGUGAAGUAAAUCUGCAGAACAUUUCAUGUUGAUCUCUCUUUUCUCUCCUUUAUCAUGUAAUCCCAGAGAAUCUUUAACUCAAUGACGUAAAUAUUUGAGAACAGCAGUCAAGAGUGUGAGUGAGCAGCUGUCAAACAGCUGCAGGUGGAGUGAAAUGAUGGACGGAGACCAGUAUGAGCUGAUGUAGUUCACCUGUAUCAGAGCAGCUGCAAUGAACACGUUCCUCCUCUAGAGGUCUCUGCUGUGAGUCUCGGUCCCACUGAGUGCAUGUGUGUGCUUUCAGGGGGACUCGGACUCCACGUUGAGCCUCACGCUGUGACAUGAUGUUACUGCUAGUUUAGGUUUGGAUGUUGUCGGCUGUCUCAGAAGCUCUCGGUUGGUCCAGAUGUUCCUCAGUCUGCAGCUCAGCACACUCAGAUUUAACGUCUCACUGACUGUUUGGUGGCGGUCUGAUAGCUGGUGUGAAUCAUUAUCUGCUGUAUCCUGAUAAUAAAUGAGAAGCAAACAG